AUGGAGAGUUCUAACCAGUUUAAUGUCAGCAGGAACAGUAGUAAUAAGUGGAGGACUUCUCGCCACAGUCAUCCUGCUCUGUAUUGUAGCAGUGCUGUGCUACUGUAGGCUCCAGUACUACUGCUGUAAGAAACAUGAGUCGGAGGUGGACUUGGCUUCCGUGGCUGGAGGAGGUGAUGGAACGGGAGGAGGAGAUGGAGAAGGGGGUGCUCAAGGGAAGGUUCAGGCUCACUUUGCCUGCAAAUCGUGCAGCGCCCCUGGGAUGGACAGCCUGGCUGUCAACCCUCUCUGCCUGGAGCCCCUGGAGGCGGGCCCUCCACCCAGCUAUUGCCCCACCUGCUCCCCCUUCUGGCUACGCCCGGGACUUAGUGACGAGCUGCACAACGGAACCGAGCGGCUGGGAUUCCAUACGUAUCACUAUGACAACCCCGGACAGUGUCAAUCAUUGCCCCUGUCAGACACGCCGCAGGCCCCCUUCUUUUUGACCCAGCCCGGCCAAUCCCCUUUGAGCUACUAUAGCCCCGUUGACAUCUAUCCUAACACACCCUGCACUAACAGACGCCCCUACAGCACACCGGUUUGACACACAUGGACACACACACACACACUGGCGUCACACAUGCACUCAUACACACACUCCUUCUCCCAGGUGAAAGAGACACCCAGAGUACCACCCAUCCAGGGGAGAGAGCCACACACUGAACCUACAGACGGAGCCCCCUGAUCGGGACAGAACCACAGACGGACCCUUGUCUGGUGUGGAGGUCUGAUCAUCUGGUAAACCCUACAGUGGAGGAGAUGUUGGGUUUGACUAUGGGAGAUUACUACAGAUGAUGGGACUGGAACAGCAACACACUGGUGUUUCUCUCUCUCUCUUUCUGUCCAUCUGUCUUUCUCUCCCUCCUUUUCUAUAUUUUUCUCUCCAUCUCUCUCCUCUGCCUAAAACCUGAUAAUGUGAACGAGAUGACUGAGGGCUAUAUGUGUUUUCAUUGUAGGUUUGCUUUACGUCUGGAAUGUCUAAUUACAUUACAUUCAACGACUAAAGCUCAAAGAUGUAUUUUUGUCUUCCAGAGUUUAAAGGAGCAGUAUGUCACUUGUUGACCCCUCUGACCCUUAGGGGAAAAAAACUUGCAGUUUUACAUGUGAUUUAAAAAAAGAUAUAUAUAUUGUAAGGGGAUAUCCGGAUGCAUUAUAUAUAAUCCUGGCUAAAACAAUACAAACACACACAAACAUUUUAGCCAACGAGGGCAUUUGUUUGUCCAAUUCUAUGAUGUUUCACUUAGCCCUUACCCUUCAGUCCUUCAAAACACGAAACAGAGAUGCUGUACACUUACUAAAAGCUGUUCAUUAUGACACUGUUGAUAAUAUAGACUAGUAUUGAUAAAAGAGGUGUUUUACUCUUUUCACACAAUGCACUUUCCGCUUUACUCAGAGGGUACGUCCCAAAUGGCACUGUAUUCCCUAUACAGUGCACUACUUUUGACCAGGGCCCAUAUGGGUCUGGUCAAAAGUAGUGCCCUAUCUAGGGAAUAGGGUGCGAUUUGGGACAAAACCAUGGUCUUCACAUCUUGGUCUUCCUCACUUCUCGUCCUUUUGUGAUUCUUUGUUAGAGAGUUGAUGGGAAAAUGGACAUCUAUCUCUUCACGUGUUGAUUUACUGGAAAAAAAACACUCAAAGUUUGUGUUCACUGCUAUGUAGUCACACACUCACACAAAGACACUGCUGCCUGUGGUCUGGCAAUGAAGAUAACUUUAAUAUUGAAUUCACUAAUUCUAUACUCCAUAUAUUUAUUUCUAUUAAAGGUGGACUAUUUCUAUUAAAAAUGACAUCAUACACAGCAGAGCAACUUCCUGCUUACAGACAAUUUGCACUGUUCUUUGAGACAUGCCCAUAUUGGGAAGAGCCAGUGGCAGAUUGGAAUUGUGUUGUUGAUGAUGUCUCUAAACAGGAAGUUGACCCGCGGUGUAUGAUGGUGUCAUGUAGCUGAGUCUCCUUUUAAAAUGAACUCUCUGAAGAUGAAUUCCACGUUUAACGCACAGUGUUCCUUUUUGAAGAUAUAUCAAUGUGUAUAUCUGCCUGGACUCGUCUGUGUUUCUUCACUAACAAUGAAUCCAAUAAUAUAUACCAUUUAGCAGACACUUUUAUCCAAAGCGACUUGGGUGCAUUCAUUUAUGGUUUUAUUACGUAUGGGUGGUCCCAGGAAUCAAACCAACUCCUCUGCCGUUGCAAGGACCAUGCUCUACCAACUGAGCACCGCAAAUUAAAAGCAGACUCAGAAAUAUGACGAGUACAUAUAAAUAAGCAACAACACAAUGUCGAUCUAGACGCUAGCGUUAUGAUGCUUUGACACAACCUGGUUGUCCUGUGGGCCGUCUUUAGAAGUAGUUGUAUGGCGUCGUGUCCGUGGGUUGUGUGAAAAGACUUGUUCCUGAUCACCUGUCUCACUCUGCUGUUGGCAGAUGGAAUAACAUAGACAGCACUGCAACCUGGAGUCAGAUGAGGCCGU